AUGCCAUAUAGAAAGAAAAAAGUUUUUAAACGGAAAAGAAAUCAAAAUUAUGAUAAAACAGGGGUAAAAAGUCUUUUUUCUCCAUUUACUAGAUUUACUUCCACACGAACAGUAAACAAAGAGAAGUUGAAUGUAAAGAUCCAUCAAACUAAUCAUUUCGAUAAAGGUCUUUCGCGAAAAGAAAAAAGCUAUGUAAUAAGCAGUUGUCAAAAUAAAUUAACAAGAUAUGUAAAACUUAAAAAAUUAGCGGCUACUGCUGCCAGAGAAAAUAAAAUAUUUUCUAUAUACGGCAAUUGCAAUGCUGUAAGAAAAGCUCUAUUAGACAGGGGUUGGGUUGAAAAAAAUCCGCCAAAUCGAAUGAACCUAUCGAAAAUUCGAAGUGGAAAAUUUUCAAGUAAAUCUAAAAUACAAAGUGAGCUCGAGAGUCUACUUUUAUCUAAUCUUUUAGAAAAAUGUAGUCCAAAUUUUAUAUGGCGCACUAAAGAUCAACGUGGGAAUACUACAAUAGAUAUGACAAAAGAACGUAAUGUGAUAAUAAAUAAAUUAGAAAUAGAUGCAAUGUGGACCUCUAAACACGGCUUAUGUUCUGUAUUGAAAAGAAAUUGUUGGUUUUAUAUUGAAAACGUCGCAGAAGUUAAUGGUCCUCGAUCCUAUAGUACGUCAGAUUGUGGUGAAAUACAAGCAUUUGUUAAAGAUUAUAAAAUAACUGCUUGUACAAGUUUGUUAAAAUGGAUUCUAUCGAUGAUCACAAGUGACCGGCAAAUAUUUUCUGAUUCGGGCAAGACUCCUAUGACUGUAAUGGUUUUUGCAAUAAAUAGAUGUAAAGAAUAUUUGUAUCGAAAGCAAAAUAAAGAUAUUGAUUGUUCGAUAUCUUCUGUGAGCCCGGGCCAGUGGAACUCAUUUUUGAAAAAAUACUACAGUAUAAUAGCAAAGGAUGAAAUAUUUUUAACAGAUAAAAUGAACAAGAUGCCCUUAUAUUUGAGCUAUGCCAGAUAUUUGCUUAAAGAAAUUCACAAGUAUCGCCCACAAUUGAGCUGCGAAGGUUGUCAUAAUAUUUGGAUAAUAAAACCUGCAUUUUGUUCAAGAGGAAGAGGUAUUAAGAUAGCUUCAAAAUUAGGAGCAAUUAUAAGCUUAUUAGAUAAAUCCAAUAUGAAAUAUGUAAUUCAAAAAUACAUUGAGGAGCCAUUGUUGAUAUAUGAGACAAAAUUUGAUAUAAGGCAAUAUUAUCUAGUCACAAGUACAUACCCUUUAAUAAUCUGGAUGUACAAAGAUUGCUAUUUAAAAUUUAGCUCGCAGAAGUAUAGUUUAAGAAAAUAUGACGAGUCAAUUCACUUAACCAAUAAUGCAAUUCAAAGAAAAUACAAAAAUUGUGAAGGAAGACAUUCUGAAUUGCCGAUACAAAAUAUGUGGAGCUUAGAUAAAUACAAAGUUUAUUUGAAGAAUAUUGGGAAAGAUAACGUUUGGGAUGAAAUAAUAUAUCCAGGAAUGAAAAAAACGAUAGUGGGCACGAUGUUAAGUUGUCAAGAUUUUUUAAGUGUGAGCAAAAAUCGUUUCGAAUUGUAUGGUUGCGAUUUUAUUUUGGACAAGGAAUACAAUCCCUGGCUAAUUGAAAUUAAUUCCUGUCCAGAUUUAAACCACACUACUCAAGUUACUGCCAAAAUCUGUCCAGCGGUUAUAUCUGAUAUUAUAAAAGUUGUCAUUGACUACGCUAAUAAUUCGAGCGCAUGCACCGGAAAAUUCGAGCGUAUUUACCAACAGCCCAUAACUCUACCACGUUUUAUUGCUUCAUCUGAAUUAGCAAUUCGUGGUUUUUCCUUGCCUCUUGACUAUUUCUACAAGGGAAAUGUUGAAGUUGAAGAAUCCUAUGAUGACAUCAAUAUAGAUAAAGAAAGUGACAUUAAAGCAGCUUUAUAUAAAAUAAAGCAGUUUUACGAUGGCGUCGAAACAAUGAAAAAAACAAAGAGAAAUCAUAACGUCAAAGAGAAAGUUAUGGAUAAUUCUCACAUAGAAGAGUUAGAUAAAGUGUCAUUAGAAGAACGUAGUCCAAAUGGUACAAUAAAAGAAAAUUCUGAAUCGUUUUCAUCUUCAUAUACAAUUUCCAAUCCAAUCCAACAUGUCCAAAGCGUGACUGAUAUCAGGUCUUUGUUAAAGAAGUGUUAUGUCGACAAGCCUUUUGUAUUUAGUAAGUUAGAUGAUGGACCACAAGGAAAAGGUAGUUGUAUAAAACUAGACUCAACUGAAAAAUUCGAUACAAAUAUUUUAUUAAAAGAAAUGUUGCAAGUGACAAAAAUAUCUGAUAAUCAUAAUUGUAAAAUAUUCCCUGACUUACGAGUACUUCAGGCUGAGGCUACUUCAAAAAUAAUUCCGUUUAUCAAUAAAAAGGAAAAAGAGUAUGGGAUGUUUUAU